AUGGCUACCACUGAAAACGCUACCACAUUUCGUACCAUCAACAAGCACUUCGUUGCUGUCGAACAAGAAGAAGGUGUAGGUGCCAGAGUCAGAAGAUCCGUAGGGUCAAUGAGACAAAGAAACUUCACUCCUUUCUUACUGUUAGAUCAUUUCACCGUUUCACAUCCUGCUGGUUUCCCUGAUCAUCCACAUCACGGUCAAGAAACUAUCACCUACGUUCGUAAUGGUAUGAUUGCACACGAAGAUUUCACCGGUUCUAAGGGUAUUCUAAGACCAGGCGAUCUACAAUUCAUGACUGCUGGUAAAGGUAUUAUGCAUUCGGAAAUUCCUGUCUUAAUGGAAAAUGGCGACGCUGGUGUCGGUCUACAAUUAUGGGUCGAUUUACCACAAGAAAUGAAGGAUUGUGAACCAAGAUACAGAAACUUAAGGGGUGGUGAAAUUCCAAUCGUUGAACCAAAUGAACAUUUAAAAGUCAAAGUUAUUAGUGGUAGAUCCUAUGGUGUCGAAUCAGUUAAAGAAUUAGCUUACACUCCAGUCGACUUCUACCAUUUCAUUUCUAAUAAGAAAGGUACCGAUUUCGUCCAACAAACUCCAGAAAACUUUAACUUUUUCUUAUACGUUAUGAAAGGUUCUGUCAAAAUUGGUGAUGAAACUUUCCCACAAUAUUCCACCAUUUUCUUUAACGCAGACGGCAACGGUAUUAAAGGUGUGGUCAGUGACGAUGACACUGAAUUCGCCAUCAUAGGUGGUUUAAUCUUAGAUCAACCAGUCAUUCAACAUGGUCCAUUCAUCGAGUCUACCAGAGAAAAGUUGAUUGAAGUCUUCCAAAACUUCCAAUAUGGUAUCAAUGGUUUCGAAAGGGCUGUAGGCUGGAAAUCCUCCAUUCGUAACGGUAUAUUAGAAAAAGACGUUCCAAAAUUUGAAGGAUCUGCAUAA